AUGCCGUCACAAAACAACACCUACGUUAAUUGUAUUGUUGACGAGGGGCGGUCAUCAAGCCAAGCGCCCACGGAGCACUCGAGAAGAUGCAACUUCUCACUACUCACCUUUCGACUCGUCGCAAGAUCGUAUAAAGAGGAGCCUCGUGCAGAUGCUGCUCAGCGCGAUCGAGUAGGACCUCCGAUGACCAACGAAGCCACUUACAGGGAACCCUGGCCUUCCCAUACGAAGCUCCGGUCCAAUGGGCCCGGUGUGAGAUACUCCACCGAGCCGACUGAACUUGCUGUUGCCAACGGCGAUGCACUCCGGAUUUGA